AUGGAGGAUCAAGGUGCUCCAGAGAAGAAAGACUCCGAGCAGAGUAUGCAAGGAAUUGAUGGUGACAAUGAAGGGAAUGGUCAUGAGAAUCACGAACAAGAGAAGCAAGAGGAGAAUAAGCAGGUUCCUAAAAGUGAACUGAAACCAGAUCAUCAAGACGAAAGCAAAUCCCUGUAUGAUCAAAAGGUGCAUAUCCAAGUAGACUUGCCAGCGGAAGAAGUUCACGAUUCUCAAAAAGAGCAAGUGCCGAGUGCAACCGAUAGUGGAGAUGCUGAUGCUUCUGACCUCGCACUGUUCGUCGGUUCUGGUCCAACAGCAUUUGCUACUCCUUCGAAGCAGCUUCCUCCAUUGAAUGAAAUUGAGCAUAUUAGUACGCCCAAGCUUUUCAGUGUAGCCAGAGAUCCCAAUAGCUCACCUGUGGAUGAUAAUAUCGUGAAGUCCUUCCUUGGUUUGGAAACUUUCAAGGAUGACAGAGAUCUUUCGGAAGCUUUACAAAGAAAAGCAAUAGAGUUUGAGGAGUUGAAGUCAGACAUAUCUUUACUUAAAUUCAAUCAAGAACAGUCUAUACAAAUACACCAAAAGAAAUUGGCAAGUCUUCUGGAAAAAUUGAAUAAAGCUGAGCAAUUAAAUUCACAAUUAGAAGAAUCUCAUGAUAAUUUGAAGCGAGAGAAUAGUAGUCAAAGAAAUGUAGUAAAUGACCUAAAAAUUGAGAACUCCAAUCUUAAAUCUCAAGUUGAUAAAUAUUCAGAGAAAGAAAGGUUUUUUGAUAAUGACAUGAACAAUUUAUUAGGUAACAAGGACCAAGAGAUUUUAAGUUUAAAUGAUUCGGUUAAUAAAUUGACAUCCGAUAAUAUAGAACAAAGCCAAAAAGUCAAUGAAUUGACAAAAGAGAUCAACAACUUAAGAAAUGAAAAGUUUGCCUUAAAAUUGACCGUCACUAAAAAUACUAAUGAACUUGCAUAUAUCAAAGACCAAAAAGACUGGUACGAAAGUGAAUUAAGAUCAGUUCAGGCUAAAUUUACUGAUCUUAUAAAGAAGCAUGAAACUGAAUAUUUGAUUUCCUCCAACAAAAUAACGAGUCUAACGAAUCAAAAUAGUAUGUUAGAAUCUAAGUUGAAAAAUAAUUCGGUGUUAGUUAAUGAUCUAAAGUCUUCUUUGGAGAACGAGAUCUCUAAAUAUUCGUCAUUAGAUUCGAAAUUUGAAAUUGAUAAAAUGAGACUAUCUAAGGAAUUAGAGAGCAAAGAUGAAUUGUUAGAGCUAACGAAAGUCCAAUCCGACCAAAGGCUCGAAAGAAUCAGUCAGCUAGAGGUCUAUGUUGAUGAACUUAAAUCUAACUUGGGAGAUUCAAUAAAUAAAUUGGAAAACGAAUUGGCCCAAAAAACUGAAUCUGAGCUAGAACUAAAUGAAAGGCUCAAGCGUACCGAAGCUGCACUCGAUGCGGAAUUACAUAAAGAAACUGACUUGCCUAAGCUCUCAGCGACGUCCGAGCUCAUUGCAUCCCAGGGUAUCUCAUUGUCAUCAGUUUACGCGGAGUUUAAUCAUUUAAAGAAACAGUUGGUUUUGGAAAGAUCUCAAAAAGAACAAUUAGCAUCUCAAUUAGAAUCUUUUGUUAAUGAACUAGAAUCGAAGAAGCCUGCGAUUGCAAGCUAUCGUGAUCAAGUUAAAUUCUAUGAGAACUCUUUGAAAGAUAUGAUUGGCAAAAUUGAAACAAUUCGAAUUGAAAAGAUUGAUCUUGAAAGAGGUUCAAACAAAUUAAAGACAAAAAUUUCUGAUCUUGAAAAUGAACUUGUUUCAAUGAAAAAACUUUGUAAAGAUUUAGGGAAGCAACUAUGCUACUACUUGAUACAUUCGAAAAUUAGGGAUAACAGUGAAGAUCCGUUGACUGCGAGCGAAAGGAAAGCUAUUGACAACAUUUUGGAAAGGAGUGGUAAUAAUGAAAAUUUGAAAGAAUCUGAUACAGAUCAGCUAAUUUCUCAGAGACUAGUAGGCUUCACUUCGAUUGCUGAAUUGCAACAAAAGAAUCAAGACCUUUUAACGGUUGUUAGGCAACUAGGUAAGAAGUUAGAAUCAAAAGAAGAAGAAGAUAACAAGCUUGAGUCUAUUGCGAUAGAUGAAGCCAAAGAUGCUAUAUUGACUUUGCAAGGUGAGUUAGAAAGUCUUCAAAUCAAAUUGCAGGCAGUGCAAAAGGAAAAUGAGCUUCUUAAAUCUUUAUCUGACGAAGACAAGGCUAGUGGUUCUACUAAGUCAGAACUUAAAUUCCUUAGGAAUGUUAAUGAAGAUUUGAAAAGUAAAUUAUCUGAUACGGAACUUAUCUUAAAAGAUCUUCAACUGCAAUAUGAUGACAAAAUAAAAGACUUGAAUGCAAAGUUGAGAGAAUCGAUGAAUGAUCGAAACGAACUUUCUUUGAAAGUAUCUUCAAUGAAGCAUAAUGUUGACUUGGCCGAAACGAGAUUUGUAAAUGCACAGAAGACAUUGGAAAAUAGUCGUUUAGAUAUUGAGCGAUCCAGAAGUGAUAUCGAUUUUUGGAAGGAGCAGGCAUCCAAGCAGGAAGAACUAUUAGUUACUAAAUCUCGUGAAUUAAGGGAUAUGGAGUCGAAGCUAACGAAUACAAGCCUCACUGUGAAGAAUUUGGAAUCAGAAAUAGAAAUUAAAAAUUUAGCCUUACAGUCUUCGAAAGAAGAACUUCAGCAAUUGAGAGCAGAUAAAUCUAAUCUCAAUCAGUUUGUUGUUAGCUUGCAAAAUCUUUUGAAAGAGAGAGAAGAGUCUAGUAAGGAUUUAUCUAACAGGCUCAAUAAAUCUAUUGAGAAUUAUCAGUCAUUGCAAGAGAGACUUAAUGACAAGGAAGAGAGAAUUAUGAUCUUAUCUAAUCAGUCUGAGUUAGCCUUGAAAGCCCAAAAUACUAAAUUAGAGCAAGUUAACGAAAUCAGUCGACACUUGUUGGAUGUUAGGAAUAAAGUAAUUGAGAAAGACUCGGUCAUUGUUAGUUUAAACAAGAAAAUUCGAGAAUUGAGUAGCUCUUUAAGUAAUCCUCGAAACAAUAGUGUCCAAAUCGAUACAUCGUCGACAGGUAAUGAAGAACACGCUAAGCUUUUGAUCGAACUUGAGCAGCUGAAAGAGGACUUGCAUAUUGCUGAAAGUCAAGUCAAUGAGUUCUCAAAGUUAGCUCAGGCAGCCGAAGAGGCAUUGAUGAAUGCAACAAACUCUUUCGAUGAUUAUAAGACUCAAAGUGACAAAAACUAUAACGCUUUGCUUAAAGAAAAACUUGAAUUCGAAAACGAAAUAAAUACGUUGAAACAGGACCUUAAGGUAUCAGACUCGAAAUUGGUAAGUAUGAAUGAACAGAAUACUAUAAGAAUCGAUACUUUAAAGAGUCAACUCGAUGAAUUUUCUCAGAAAGCUUCUUCAUAUGACAGCUUGCAGAAGGAUUAUGAAAAUAAAUUGGAGCUUCUUACCAGCGACUUAAACAACCAGGUUCAGGUGGUAACUGACACUCAGGCUAAAUAUAUAGCAGAACUAAAAAAAAAUGAAGAACUCUCGAGAAAUAUCUCUUCCGUGAAGGAAGAAGCUGAUUCGCUCAAAGAGAAUCUUCAAUCUCUCAACAAUGAGAUCAAGAAUCUCAAGCAUGAAUUGGAUUCCAAAGACGUGAAACUCAGCGAAGAAAAGCAGAACUUAGAAGAACAGUUGGAAUCUUCCAAGACCAAAAUAAAAGACCUUCAGGAGCAAAAUUCUAUUAUAUUGAAUCAAUUUGAGUUAACUAAAUCUUCAAAUAAUCCUGAAUCUGAAAACGAUAGUGAUUUGAAAGAAGUUGUUACCUAUUUAAGACGUGAGAAGGAAAAUGCUGAGGCAAGAGCCACAAAUUUUUCCGAGGAGCAUCAAAGGCUUCAACAACGCUUAGAGCAGGCUCUUACCGAACUAGAAAUAACGAAAUCUGAAUUGGUCAAAGCAGCUCUGACGCAAGUAGACGUUGAGCAGACUAGCGAUGACCAUAGACGUCUACUCGAGCAGCUUGAGCAGUUGAAUAUUCUUCGUGAAAGCAAUGUAACAUUAAGAAAUGAGAACAAUUCCAAGUCAAAAGCAAUUAGCAAUCUUGAGCUUGAGUUGCAGUCUCUCUCCUCUCAAUUUGAACCGUUACAGUCUAAAGUUGACUCAUUAACAACUGAGUUCGAAGUUAAGGAUCAAAAGAUCAAAUUACUUGAAGAAGAAAACGGCAACCUAAAGUCCCGAUCUAGUGUUAUGAGUGACCCUGACUCUGAGAAGGAAUACGAUGCUUUAAAGCAGAAGUACAAUUCAAUCAGAGAGAAGGCAAACUCUAGAAUUCAAUCGCAAAAUGAAAGGAUUAAAGAGCUUCAGAAUACGAUUGCGACAAUGAAAGAUGAGUUGACGGCCGCCAAUGAAACUAAGCAAACUGAUUCCACAGUUAGCGACGAAGUUGUCAAGUCAAAUGAAAAGCUUGAAAAAUUGAAGUCUGAUUCCGAAAAAUCGAUUAAACAGCUCAAUGAACAAAAGAGCGCUUUGGAGCAGGAAAUAAUCACCUUAAAAGAUCGUUUAAACUCUCAGAAAGAUGAAAAACCAAACAAAGAAAUUGAAAAACUCAAAGAGGAGCUCGAACAGGCGAAGGAUUCGUUCAACAAGAAAAUGAAGUCUGAAUUGGAAUCUAAAUUGAAUGAUGAAUUGAAGAAAAAUAGGGAGGCAGAAAAUGAAAAGAUCAGGUCUGAGAUUGAGGGUGAGUUUAGAGUCAAAAUUAAUGAUUUACAAGAAUCAAUGGUGAAAGAAAGGGCUAAGAUCGAGAAAGAUACCAAGGAAAAGUUUGAGUCGCAACUCAAGCAAAAAGUCAACGAGGAGAUUGUCAAAAAUGGCUCUUCUGCUGAGGUAGAUAAGUUGAGAGAGAAGUUGAUGAAGGAACACGAAGACAAAUUGAAGACGUUGCAAUCUGAAUUCGAGGACAGAUUGGCCAAGGAGAAGGAAGAAACAGAGAAGCAGACUGUUAAGAAAUAUGAUUUAAAGAUGAAAUUGUUGAAUAAGAAGCUUGACAAAUUAGAAAACAAAACUAACGUGGCUCCUGCUCCUGUUCCUGCUUCCCAUUCUAAUACACAGGGUGCUUCAGAACCAAAUUUUGAAUCGCAGGUUUCUAAACCUCUUUCCCUUCCGGGUAUUCCAAAUUCGGGUGAUGCUGCUUCUAAGCAAAAGCUAGGACACCAGUUUACUGAGAGCACCUUGACAGUUCAUCGUCCAACCGUUGAUAGGACUGAUUCUAAUGAAAAGAAAAGACAGCAUCCUGAAAAUCAAGAGCAAUCCAUCAACAAGAAACCUAAAGAAUAA